GUGCUAUGUCAGGAAAAAAAGAAACAUUUGUACAGUAACCACGCAGUUACCAGGAAAUCAACUCGAAGCAGCCUCUCUAGCUAGUUUAUAACCCUCCUCAUUCUGAUAUGCAACUCAACUAUCCAAGAGACACUGAGGAAGUCAGCGGGGAACUUCAAACGUCCCUCACGUUCCUCUGUAAGCUUCUCCUGAGACGGUUUACAUUAAAAUUUCCAGCUCGACAUUUCCUUCUACUGAGCUGCUCCAGUUCGGGGUAACAUAUACUAGUAGAGAGGACUUUCUUACGCUCAUUCCUGGUCGAUUUACAGAAGAACGCAGGCACGAUGCCGGACCAGUCAGCUGUUGGAAUGGAGGUGUUGAGGACUCUUGACAAAGCCAAGACACAAGGGUACCAUUUCAAGUCCAUUGUUAUAGCAGGAAUGGGAUUCUUCACCGACGCUUACGAUCUCUUCUCCAUCUCCACCGUCACCAGACUGCUCGGUCGCCUGUAUUACUACGACCCAGCACUCGGCAAGCCCGGAACUCUCCCCCCCAAUGUUGCUGCAGCAGUCAAUGGAGUUGCUCUCGUGGGAACGCUCCUUGGGCAGCUCUUCUUCGGAUGGGCUGGUGACAAAUUCGGACGAAAGAAGGUGUAUGGUAUCACUCUCCUCCUCAUGAUUCUGACGUCCAUUGCUUCUGGUCUCUCCCUGGGCAGCAACGCCACUAGUGUCAUGACCACCUUGUGCUUCUUCCGCUUCUGGCUGGGAUUCGGAAUCGGGGGAGAUUACCCCCUCUCGGCCACGAUCAUGUCCGAAUACUCCAAUACGAAGACUCGGGGAGCAUUCAUCGGAGCAGUGUUCGCGAUGCAAGGAUUCGGAAUCCUCUCCGGAGCUACAGUUGCCAUCAUUCUGUCUGCAGCCUUCAAUGCAGCUUAUCAUCGACCAGCAUUUCAAGUCGAUCAGAUCAGGUCCACCCCUCCUCAGGCGGACUACGUGUGGCGUCUGCUCUUCAUGUUCGGUGCCCUUCCAGCUGCGCUGACCUACUAUUACCGAAUCCGAAUGCCCGAGACUGCUCGGUACACGGCUCUGGUCGAGAAGAACAACGAGCAGGCCGCCAGAGAUAUGGAGAAGGUGCUGCACGUCCAAUUCGAAACAAAGCAUGACGAUUCUUCAAUCGCGAUGGGCGAGCAGAAACAUCAAGCGGCAGCUGAACGUGAAGCUGACAAGAAAGUGCAGUACAAACUGUUCAGUCACGAGUUUCUCAGACGCCAUGGUUAUCAGCUGCUGGGAUGCACAGUGUGCUGGUUCAUGCUGGAUGUGGCUUUCUACAGCCAGAAUCUGUUCCAGAAAGACAUCUUCACCGCCGUGGGGUGGAUCCCAGCAGCCAAGAAAAUGAGCGCCCUGGAGGAGGUGUUCAAGAUUAGCCGAGCUCAAGCUCUGAUCGCUCUUGUAUCCACCGUGCCUGGUUACUGGGUGACAGUUGCUCUCAUCGACAGAGUUGGAAGGUGGUGGAUACAGCUGAAUGGAUUUUUCAUGAUGACACUAUUUAUGCUCGUCUUGACCUUCGACUACUACAACCUCAGGGGAGAUCCAUGUCCCGCCGACUCAUCCAAGUACUGCGGUGGUAACCAUUUAGCGUUUAUUGCCAUGUACGCUCUGACCUUCUUCUUUGCCAACUUCGGGCCCAACUCCACAACAUUCAUCGUGCCGGCGGAGCUUUUCCCCGCGAGGCUGAGGUCUACUUGUCACGGAAUCUCCGCAGCAUCGGGCAAAGCUGGAGCUAUUGUGGGAGCGUUCGGAUUUCUAUAUGCGAGCCAGAACGAGCACCACGGCAAGCAGGAUCAUGGUUAUCCCACAGGAAUCGGUAUCAAGAAGUCUCUGCUGGUCCUCGCUGUGUGCAACGCCAUCGGUUUCUUCUUCACGUUCUUCGUUCCGGAGACCAAGGGAAAGUCCUUGGAGGAGCUGUCGGGUGAGAACGAGGAGAGCAACGGAGCAGUGGAGAAAACAAAAGCCGACAAUUUGUGAGAUUUAGCGGUUUUGGCGAUGGAUCACUGCGUGUGCCUACAGAACUUGUCGAGCAAACAGAUGUGACCCAGCACAAGUUGAUUAUUUCUAUUUUAUUAUUUCUGAUGUUGGAGAAACAUCGCACGCGACCUAAUCUCCCAGUAUCCGCGCGGUGAAGUUUAUUGCACACUAUGAUUUCUUAGGAAUCACGCGGGUUUUCCUGGAUAUGAAUCAUGUCGGACAGUCUUCAUCUUCCCAAAGAUUGUGGAGGAUUGCCAUUCUAGAGUUUGUGGUCAGGGAGAUGGAAAUGAGGAAAAUAAUACUCAAAUAUGAGUUCCGAAUGCCGUCUAGUGCGGUUCGGAAAUUUUUUGGAUUCAUUCUCUGGAUCUAGUUUGCUCCUUUCGGCAGAUUGAAGCUGUACCAAAGGGAACACAAUCUUCACUCUUGCAAUAAACAUGACUGAUUGCACGAUGGAUUUC